AGCAGACACACGACGGCCCUGUCCCUCUCCCCUCGAACUCCGGUGCGGACUGAGGGGAUCGCUACUCCCCCCUUCCGGCGUCCGCCAUGUGGCGAGACCGGACAAACCUCUACAUUUCAUACCGACAGUCGUACGCCCACCAUCCGACCCAGCGCAGCCGGUAUGCGCCGUCCGGCGCGAGCGACCGCUUCGGCGGCGGCGCGGCGAGCACAGGGGUGCUGUUCUCGGCCGACGAGGACCGGCGGGGCUUGCUUUCCUCCGGUGCGUACGACGUGGACGACGGCGAUGCGGUGAUUGAGAUGGAUCUGCUGCCACCGCGGUGGGCCGACGUGUCGGACGAGGUUACGGAGCUGCUGGCCGGCAUCGCGAGCAAGAGUCAAAAGCUGGAACGACUGCACCAGAAACACGUCCUUCCAGGAUUCAACGACGAGGAGACGAAGAAGGCCGAGGAAGGCGAAAUCGAGCGGUUGACGCAGGACAUCACGCGCGGGUUUCACGAGUGCCGCCGGUGCAUCCAGCGCAUUGAGCAGAUGGUGCGCGAGGGCAAGGCGAAUGGCCAGAUGAGCCGGGCAGAUGAGACAAUGGCCAGGAAUAUCAAGGUCAACCUGGCAACGCGAGUCCAGGAAGCGAGCGCCAGCUUUCGCAAGAAGCAGAGCGCCUAUCUCAAAAAACUCCGGGACAUGAGCGGGCUUGCCAGUCCUCUUCCUCUUGAACGUAACUCCACCCCCUUGGCGGGUGGCAGCUACACCGACCCGUCGCUCUUGGAAUCCGACGCCGACCGGACCUACUCGGAAUCGGCUCUGCAGGCCGCGUCCCAUCAAAAGCUGCUGGCGUCCAACGACGCUGUCAUAUCACAGCGCGAACGGGAGAUUGAGGAUAUUGCUCAGGGCAUCAUUGAGCUGGCAGACCUCUUCCGGGACCUCCAGACCAUGGUCAUCGACCAGGGCACUAUGCUAGACCGGAUCGACUACAACGUGGAACGCAUGGCCAGCGAUGUCAAGGAAGCCGAGAAGGAGCUGAAAACGGCGGAAGGGUACCAGAAGAAGACGACCAAACGGAAGAUUAUCUUCCUUCUACUGUUGAUCAUUGCAGCAAUGAUCAUCUUGCUGAUCAUCAAGCCGAAGAAGCACAGGGCUCCCGAAGGCGAGAGCUAACACGGCUCGCCACCUGGCCCACGGAAACUCCGGCUCAGUCGCGGAUGUGGUGAAUGCGACUACCAUGCAUCUCCCCCUACCCACGAAGGGUUGAGACUCCGGGCGUGUAUAAAGGCGCUGUUUAAUAGAGAAGGAUUGGGCGCGAUUAGAGGGGGGCCGUGGCGUGAGGUUCUCGGUUUGAGCUCUUCUAUGUACACUAGGGCUUGAGACUAUGAGCGAUCGUCUUCAAAGGGCGUCUCACGCAUAUUUGUUUUCGUCU